GUGACGGGAGGGGUGAAGGGGGAGAAGCAGUCUUAUGCUGGAUCUUCCACUCAUUCUCAGUUUUCGCCCCGCAUCCCUGACGCUCCUCAGUCACUGUGACCCCCCCAACACAGGAGGCUCCUCCUAACGCGUCCACCAGAGGGGGAAUAACCCCGAAACACCCAAACGCUCCAUGUCAUCAAAAACAGGGGUGUCAUCUUCCUGGUGUGUUUGCCAAAUACCAGAUCACAUGACCUGUUGCUCCGCAGACCCCCGCAGCACAGGAGACCCGCGCGAACCAAUGCACUAAUCGCCUGCCCCGGGCAUAGGAGGAGCUUGGCGCUUAAGUAGGCUGCCAAUCAGCCCAUCAGCUCCACAUGCAGGAGCUCCCGCGGCCGCGCGCUCGUAUCACUCCGCAGCGGAGGUGCCAAACUGCGGCUGAGACGCGACAGAGAGGAGAAGCUUUCUGAAAAAGAAGGGCAAAUCUUCAACUUUUACCCCCCUAUCCGUUCCUUCAGAGGAUUCCCACUGCCCCCCCACCCCAACACCCCCUCCCUCAACUCCUUGCUGUUGACUUCAGGGGAGAUCUACUGCGCGCCUCCUCCGGACAUGUCCUUCCCUCAGCUGGGCUACCCCCCGUUCCUCAGCGCCUCUCAUGAAAUGUACGGGAGCGAGCGGCCGGCUUCAGCCCGCGAGGCAGCCACGGAGGGAGGCGUGGGCUCCCCCGCAGCGGCGGCGGCCGUGAGCUCCAUGCUGGGGGUGUACGGGAGCCCGUGGGCUCAGAGUUACAGUGCCUUCCUGCCGUACAGCGGAGCCGCAGACCUCGCGCUCUUGUCCCAGAUGGGCUCUCAGUACGAGCUGAAGGACACGGGCUCCCACGCGACCCUGCCGGUCCACGCCGCGCAGAGCUUCUACCCGUACGGCCAGUAUCCGUACGGAGACCCCUCCAGAGCCAAAACGGCCACCAGGGAGACCACCAGCACCCUGAAGGCCUGGCUGCAGGAGCACCAGAAGAACCCCUACCCCACCAAAGGGGAGAAGAUCAUGCUGGCGAUCAUCACGAGGAUGACGCUCACGCAGGUCUCCACGUGGUUUGCAAACGCCCGCAGGCGCCUGAAGAAGGAGAACAAAGUGACUUGGGGCCGCAGCGCCGAGGACCGGGACGGCCGCAUCUUCAGCAGCGACAACGAGGACGAGCACGAGCACGGCAAAAACGGCAGCGACGGAGAAGACGAAGAGGAGAUCGACCUGGAAACUGUCGAUAUAGAGCGACCAGAGGAGCAGCGAGCGGAGGAGCAGAGCUCCGACAGGGGAACGGCGGAGGCCGGCCUGCCGGUGGGAGGGCGGGCCUCGGAGAGCAUCAGGACGCUUUCUGCAGAGGGCCAGAGGGGAGUGCACGCGGCGCAGCCUCUCCCGCCCGCAGUCAAACUUGCAGCGGACCAUUCCCCCAGCGCACAGGAGUGUCAGAGGCCCCCCCAAAACAAACCUAAAAUCUGGUCUUUGGCUGAGACCGCUACGACCCCCGACAGCUUGCACAAGUCCUCCUCAGCGGCCUUGGCGCAUCACGCGGCUUUGGCCUCCCCCGCCCACCCUGCCUUAUUGCCGGCUCAUGGAAUAUAUACGUGUCAGAUUGGCAAGCUACACAACUGGGCCAACACGGCUUUGCUGAAUGCCAACUCGAUUUUGAACAUGAGAUCCCUCCUGGGAGGGGCGCCUGGCGCCCACCUGUCUCUCCAAGGCGCGGUGCCGGCCGCGCGUCAUGACGCACGGCCUGCAGCGGCCGCUGCGGGAAACUCUGGGACGGAGGACGAAAGCGACGCAGAGUCGACAGGAAGCUUCAGUCCAAAAAGAGACGAUGAGGAGAGCGACCACGGGCCUGACCCCCUGAAGUCUCCAUUUCAGCUGAUCACUGACAGGUCUCAUCACGGAGCCGCAUCACAGCGAGUCCUCGCAACAACGUUAUGAGGAGAUCCAACACAUCCUAAAACAUUGGAAAAAGGUUUUAUUCAGAGGAGAACGUUCCAUGGCGGAUAUUUUUCUGUCGUUUGUAUCACCGUUUAGAUGAGGACCCAGCUUUGCUCACAUCUCUCCUUCAUGUUUUCUGUUUUGAUCUUUUGCUCAUUUCUUGUGAACUCUCUGAAAUUGUAAAUACAGGCUAUGAAUUUGUCUUUAAGAAAUCUAUUUUUUGGAAAAUAAAUAAAUGUCAAUAUAGUCCUUUAUAAUUGUAAA